AUGUCCUCUGACGCCGUAUCCGCACAAGAUGCUGACCUCUCGACGAAAGCUGAGGAGUUCAUUCACACGGAGUCGCUCACGAAAGCCGACUACUACGAAUCCCCAGAUGGUUUUGCCAAAGACGUUGAGCGCAGUACCACCCCACUACAGGCGAGGCUAUACAUUGGCCGUGCGAAGCAUCUCGCGGAAAAUGACAAAUUGGCGGACGCUCUCGCAGAUGCAGACGUUGCGACGAUGUUACAGCCACAUUCUGUCGAAGCGUGGGCCUAUUUGGCAAUGAUUCAACACCGUUCAGGGCUGUUUCGCGAGAGUAUCAACUCGUUUAAAAAGGCGCAAGCGACCUUGCCGGCUGAAGGUGACAUGUCUGAACAGGACAAGGAGCUCAAAGCACAACUUCAUGAUAACAUCGUGCGGGUUCUGACGGACGCUAUGAAAGAGAGCGGGGUGAAGGCCAAGAAGCCGGAGCCGAGGCUGCCUUGGGAGUGCGCGGAGCCUAUCCUAAUCAAGAUGAAGGAAACGGGGCUCGACAAGACCAGUAGCGCCUGGCUCAUCAUCAACGCCUAUGAUAUAUUCAAUCAUGCCGCAGACUUCAUUUGUCGGGGCAACCCCGAGCAAUGGCAGAUGAUGGAGAUCCCUCCUGGCACAUUUACACCCGCGGCCCAGAGCGUCCUCGAAGUCAACAUAGAGUUGGACGACAGGAAUGGAUGGGAUCACGAUUGUCCGCUCGAUCAAGUACAGCUUGAGUUGAAACACCGUAUCCGUGUGAAGGGAUGGACGGACAUCAAAACAGCUGUGAGGGCCUCAGUACAGGAAUGGAUACUCCAUGCAUUCCUGGCCCACGUUUACGACAAAAAUCCUGGUGCUGCGCUCAAGCUCUACACCAAAGCAGUGUCAAUGAUCGAGUUCGUCCGCACAACAUGGCCGGAUGUCGAUCUCACGAAGCGCGGUGCCAUCUGCGAAAACGCGUUCUUAUUCCCUCUCAAGCGUCUGACGUUGCGUGCAUACCUCGACCCCGGAAUCUCGAAUCGGUCGCUCGGUCCCCUCCUCGCUGCAUCGGAAACGUUCGCGGCCGAGCUCGUCAAAGAAGCGCAGGCUGAGCUCCCCCGUCUCGAUACCCAGCACUUGGACACUUCUGAGAGGUUGUCGUACUGGAUCUAUCCCAUUGCAGAUGGGUAUGCAUCACUGGCCUGGAUGCAUUACUUCAGAGGAAAAACCGAGAACGAGGGCGCUGGAUUCGGACGCUUCCGGAGUGCUCAUAAGUUGUAUCUUGCCGCAGCCGGACACUUGAAUGAGGAUGAGGAGUAUCACACUUAUUUCCUCGCAUUAGCUGUAGACUGCUUAUGGCGAAGCAGGGCUUCGCUCAACGAUAUACUGCCUCUCUGCCGUCGCGUCCGAGAUGCGGCGCCAAAGAUGCGAAAGAUCUGGGCCCACUCUCAGCUGAGCUCUGCGCGCGAUGCUCGUAUACGACAGAUUCUGAGCUACGAGGCGGAACACAGGCGGAGGAUAGAGAGCGGAGAGACAACCCUCGAGGAUGUCGUCACACCUACAGACUGGGACGUCGAGAGUGAUGUUCACGUGUUCGUUUGA